AUGCAGGCACUUUGGGGAAAAAAUGGUAUGAUCAAGAUCCGGUUUACGGAUAGAGAUAACUUUUUCUGCGAAUUUGAAAGCGAGGCGGAUAGAAGCAAGGUCAUACGAGGUGAACCAUGGUCUUUUGAAAGGCGGUUAAUCGUGCUCCAAGAAAUAGACGAAAAAUCUGCUCCCAAUGCUCAUCCUUCUCACUCGGCAUUCUGGAUACAGGUGCACAACCUCCCUUUUAUCUUUAUGAACAGAGAAAUAGCUGAGGUUAUUGGUUCACAAUUGGGGAUAUAUGUAGAAGUGGAUACGGAUUUGAGUGGAUCAUGCUGGGGCUCAUACAUGCGGAUUAGGGUCAAACUUGAUGUCUCCAAACCUUUGGUCGCAACGAUGGACCUGCAAUUAGGAUCUAUGGGUGGUACGGUGGAGGUUGAAUUUAAAUACGAAAGACUACCGGAAUACUGCACGCUAUGCGGAUAUCUCGACCAUGGACUCAAGCAUUGCAAUUUGGAAGUCCCUCCGGUUUUAAGACGUCAGGAGAACCACCCCUUUGGCCAUCGGGUGCGAGCUGCUAAUGGACAGUGGAGAGAUAAUCGAAGGGAGGAUGGUACUGGAAGGAAUAAGGCAAACAAUUCGGGAAGUGAUAAUAAUAUCGAAGAAAGUAAUGACAAAGUGGAGGAAUCAAAUUCAGAGGAAAUGCCUCCUGCUGGAGGUGGUGAGGGGCAACUGAAUUUAGUUCAACGUGAAAUGAUGCAAACAGAUCUGACACAAACCCCAAACUCAAUGAAAUCACUUAUCGUUGUUGGAUCCAAAGCCUCUGUAUCGACUGGUAAUUCUGUGGCAAAUUCCGACACUGGUUUUAAAGUUGGGAAGGACCCCAAUUUAGAUGAGGAAACAAAUACCAUAAAACCAAGCUGGAAAGUAGAUAAAAAGCAAGAAUUAGCUGUUGGUAACAGCACUGGAGACCAUGGCCUCAUGGCAAAAGACAAAGCUAUUCUGGAGAUAGGAAAUAGGAGUCCGAAUAUGUAUAAGAGGAAAUGGAAACGUAAUGCUAGAAGGGGGCCAGGAAGUCAUUCACCUAGUAAAUCUAAAUCCAUCCCAACAUAG